AUGAUAAAUCAAUGGGGAAAUGUUGCGAAUGGCACUUGUGCUUUCCACGACUGUAAAGAAGUUGACAGACUAUUAUCAAACUACAGUUUUUUUAGAACAAAUUUUCCAUUAGACAUUGUUGUUCUGUUAUUGUUACCUGUAACGUUUUAUGCCAUUGGCUUUCUUGGUUUACUGAUUAGAAUUAAAUGGUCGCAAUAA